UCAACCUCACGCUCAACCUCACGCCUUGCGCACCCUUCUUCAGCUCCCUUAUACCAUCACCCUCAAGUUUUCAACCACCCAACCGUCAUCAUGCCUGGCGUUCCUCCCAAUGCGAUCGCCAACCUGAAGGCCAAGUGCAAGAGCUUCUUCAAGUCCAGCAAGAAGUCCAAGCCCGCCGAACCCAAGCCCGCCGCCGCCGCUGCUGCUGCCCCAGCCGCCGUAGCUGCUACCGCCACCACGGACGACAAGCCGACCGAGAUCGCGCCCGCGGCCGCCGCUCCAGCUGAUACCGCUGUUGCCACCAAGGCUGCCAAGGCCGUCGACGCUGCUGUUCCUGAGGCCGCUGCCCCAACUGCUAUCAUUACUGAGGCCGCCCCAGUCGCUGAGGCUGCCCCCGUCGCUGCUGCCCCUGAGGCCGCUGCCGUCCCAGCUGCUACCAUUACGGAGGCUGCUGUUGCCCCAGUCGAGCAGGCUGCCCCAGUCGCUGCCGUCACCGAGGCUGCUGCCCCAGCUGCCACUGAGGAGGCCGCCGCUGUUGCCGCCCCAGUUGAGGAUAAGGUUGAGGCCGCCGCCACCCCAGUCGCCGACGCCGCCGUAACCGCGACCGCUGCCGAGACCAAGGUCGAGGAGGUCACUGCUGCCCCGGCCGCCACUGCUGCCUAA